AUGAACGUGGACGUUAUAGAUGCGACGGCGGAGGCACUUCCGCUGGAGCUGCUGAACGCAACAAACAAGGAGCUGACGGCGCAGCUGUCGCGCCACGAGCAGCUGUGCGAUGAUAAGGUACGUGAGAUAGAAGACCUGCGGCGGCGGCUACAGUUCAUGAAGGAGCAUCUCAGCAACGUGCGCGGGGAGGUCGUGAACACCCAGAGCCUGGUGGAGUGCAAGCGGCGUGAGGUGGAGUCGGGGACGCACAUGUACCGCCUUCUCGACCGCGAGUGCGGCCGGCUGAAGCAGGGGAAAGCGCAGAUGCAGGCGCAGCAUGCGGAGGUGCAGGAGCGGCUUCUGGCGGUGCAGAACUGCAUCUUCCAGGAGAACCUGCGCAUGGCCGAGUUGAAAGGGGCAAUGACGUUCAACCAGGACGAGCUUGAGCAGUGGGACCUUGCACGCAAGCAAAAGGAGGCGGACGAGGAGGCAGUGGCGCGCUACACGAAGGACGAUGAGGUGCGGGCGCGUCAGCUGAACACGGCUGUUGAGCGGCUCGAGGCGAAGCUGCGUGACCGCAAGCGUGCGCUGGAGGAGGAGGUGAUGGUGGCGCGCAACGUGCAGCUGGAGCUCGACCGCAGUGCAGUUGACUACCGCAAGCUUCACCACGACCGCGGCCUGCUGCUGGAUGAGUGGGAGAACGUAGUGAAGGCCAUUCACGAGCGCGACGCGGCAAUUCGCUCAGCGGCGAUGCAGUACGCGGAGGGCGCGGAGUGGCUGGAGCAGCGGCGGGCGGUGCUGCUGGCGCUUUCCACUGACCUUGACACGGCACGCGAGGAGGAGGCGAUGACGCAGGCUGGCAUCAAGGAGCGGGAACAGCGCGCGGAGAAGCACCGUGGCGUGCUGGCCUCACUGGAUGGGUGCGUUGUGUCGAUGGAGGAGGAGGUGGAGACGCUCCGCGAGCAGCUUGCACGGGCGGUUCGGGAGCGCAACAAUAGCCGCGUUCGCGCCGAGGAGAGCCGCGCGUCCGUUGCGCACAAGGCGGCUGCGUACGAUCGCGCGGUGGAGCAGCGGGCGCAGACGAAGAAGCAGCUGCACGGCGAGCUUGACACGGCGGUGGACCUCGAGCAGCAGCGGGUCACAAUUGCGCGACUACUGCAGGAGGCCCGCGCGACGGAGCGGCGCCUGGACAAGGAGGUGGAGGAUCUCAAGCGCGAGCGCUUUACCGCGGGUGAGCGGCUGCAGGCGACUGGCCAGCUGCAGGACGAACUUAUUGCGGAGAUCAGCGGCGGGCAGUCGCAGGGGCGGAACCUCAAGGCAAGGAUCGCCCAACUCGACCGCGAGUCCUUUGCGCAGCAGGAGGUGCUGUACAACGUAGAGUUCAAUGUGCAGCAGAUGCAGCGCAAGGUGAGUCGGGCGAAGGGGGAGCGGACGGAGGAGGAGCGGAAGCCCCUGAAGGAGAAGAUUGAGGCGCUGCAGAGCACACUGGACGAGCUGUGCAAGCAGCAGCGCGCGUUGGACACGCAGGUGAAGCGGGUGCGGGAGGAAACACGGCAGGCGACCUUGGAGGUGGUGCGGAUGCGGGAGCAGGAGAAGGACACGUGCGACAAGGCGAUACAGCUGCGUCUUGCGUGUGACAGCUGCGCGGCGGAGUUGCGUAAGCUGCGCAGGGCGCGGGAGGACGAACUGGUGCGUGUGGACACGCAGGAGCUGCAGCUGCAGGGGCUGAAGCGCACGCUGCACCAGCGUAGCGGCGAGUUGAGCGACCUUGAGGGGCAAAAGCGACAGCUCUCGCAGGAUGUGUCGCAGCGGGCGGCGGAGAUCGCCGUGCACCACGACCUCCUCAAGAUGGAGGCGAAGCUUGCGGAGGAGGAACGCCGGCGGCUUGUCGCCGAGCUACAAGACCGCCAGAAGAGCCUCGGGGCGCUGCGCAACCGCUACGAUGUGCGUGUGGGCCGCAUGGACCCGGAGCAGGCGCACUGGUCGCAGGCGCAGCUUGUGAUGGAGGCGGCAAAGGAGCGCGAGGCGCUGCAGCACCAGGGCGACGCCCUGGACGCACGCGUGGCGCGGCUCGAGCGUGAGCUGCUGAAGCUGGAGCGGGCGCUGCAGGUCAUACGGGCAAGUAAUUCGAACUACCGUCACAUGUUUGAUCGGGUGCAGGAGGGCGAUGGGGAGGAGCAGACGCGACGGGCGCUGGAGGCGAAUCAGCGCGAGCUCAAGGUUGUCAUCAGCCGCCGUGCGCUGGAGGCAAGCGAGUAUCAGGAGGUUCUGCAUGGCAAGACGGCGGAGCUGCAGCAGCUGGUGGUGCGGAAGGAGCAAGCGCUGAAUGUGGUGGAGGAGCUGCGGCAGGCAUGCGAGCACACGCACAGGGCCAUCCUGGAGGGCAGAGAGACGGUUAUCCGCUACAACCAGGCGAUCAAUAAGGCCCGUGGCGCUAUCACGGCGGAGGCGGCGGCGGAUGUGGAGUUGCAAGAGAAGCGGCAACGACACGAGGCGGUGGUGGGGCGUGUGCUGCAGCUUUCGCAGCGACACGGCGAGGGCGCGGGCGAGGUGGCGCGUGCGCUUCUGCAGGAGCGAUUGGGUGCCAUCUGA